CGCACCCAUAUUUACCCUUUACAAGUAACUAGUAGUAGGUCGUGUGUGUGUGUGCAAACAGGAUAUACAGCUGUAUUAUAAUAGCCUGCUCUCAAGCACAUUACGUCAUUCGAUGUCAAUACUGCAAGGACGAGCCCGCUGUCUUCCACUGUGUUCCGUGUGGAGAUGAACUCUGUCCUCGGUGUAAAGUCUUCUAUCUAAAAAGUAAAGUUCCUUCUUGACAGAAAAUCGCCCGUAUGUCUGGUAGACUUCAUCCAACUGACCAGAUCAAAAUGUGUGAAGUUCACGCAUCUGAAACGUAUGAGGCUUGUUGCGGAGAUUGCCAAGUCCCUGUGUGUUUAACGUGCAUUAAGGAAGUUCACAGAAAACACCCCAUCGGAAGGAUACAAGAUCUUUACGAGAAACAAAAAGCCGAAACUGCUGAUGAAUUGUCUAAAAUGAAGACACAGUUGAAGUCGGAGAUCAUUCAGAGAAUUAAAGAUUUUAAAAAUGGAGAGAGGGAAAUAAAAAACAGCCAUAAAAAUAUUAGAAAGAAAAUGAAGAAACAAGCUCAAGAUUUUAUUGAUCAUAUCAGCACAAUUUUGAAAGAAGCCUUGGAUGAAUCCACGAAAGACGAGAGAGAAAAAGUGAUGGAAAUAUCUCAAUAUACAGCAGAAAUGGAGAGCUUUGAACAAAACUUGGAUCAAUUGAUUGAGAAAUUUGAAACUCUUACUGAAUCCAGUCAUCCUGCCGACCUUAUAUUGUACAGAAAAAGAAAUUCUGACACAUUUAAGAGAUUAAAAUUUCCUGAAAAAAUAAAUCUCACUAUGCCUUCAUUUACAAUUGGUCAUUUCAACAAAUCUCAAAAUGAGCACCAGUUUGGUAAAUUUACCAGAGGUCACAUAAGCCAUCUUAAAUCAAGCGAUGAUAGCUUACAAGUUCAAGAUCUUUCUGGGUCUAAACGUGUAAAAUCAUCUACCGAAAAAGUAUCAGUACUUUCAGUCCGUUCAGUGAAAAUAAGCGAAACAAACCCCCAAAAGAGAGAAUUAUAUCACGUGUGUCGUGAUGACAGAUCAGCGUACAUCAGUGGUUAUGGUCCUGGCAUUCAACUGAUAGACAGGUCAGGGACAGAGCUGAAUAACAUCAAUACUGACACUGAACCAUCUGGUCUGGCUGUGAUGCAGGACGGAAGUCUGAUUUACUCUGACGUCUAUAAUAAAGUAAUCUAGAGUGUCACUCAAUAAACAGACAACAAGACUUAUAAAUACUGAGUAUGAUCCUUUUGGACUGUGUUGUACCAGGUCAGAUGAUAUCCUGGUCUGUAUGCAAGAUUUCAUGGUUUCGGUGCGAGUGGUAAGGUACAGCAGCAGUGGGAGAAAAACCCACGAAUUCCAGACAGAUCAGAACGGGGAGGGACUUUUUCUUGAUCCAAGGUUUGUUUGUGAGAAUAUCAACGAGGAUAUCUGUAUUAGUGAUUGUAAUACGUGUGGAAACAGUAAAGUGGUCGUACUGAGCAAGGCUGGAAAUCUUCGGUUUACAUAUGACGGGAAGUGCGAAGCUGGGGCGUUAAAAUAUUUCUUUCAACCGCUUGCUGUAACUACCGACAGUCUGGGCCACAUCCUUAUCGCAGACAAGGCCAAUGAUGCCGUGCACUUGAUUAGCCAAGACGGGAUCUUCCUGUCUGUAAUACUGACAGAGAAUGAUGGGAUAUCAGUACUAUUCGAAUCUCUGUAGACACGUCAGAUAACUUAUGGCUGGUAGAACAAGAAAAAGCCUGUAUCAAACUGUAUCAGUAUUUGUUCCAAAAUUGAAGGACCCGUUCAUAUACUGUGAACUUUCACAAAUGUAUAUAUUAUCCUUACAAAAUAAC